AUGGACAAUUUUUAUAAUUCUACAGUUCAUUCAAAUCUAAAGCUUUUAAAAAGAACAGUUUCUCUGAAUACAAUAAACUCUUUCAACACCUCUAUACUGAGAAAGGAGAAUUUUGGUCCCGAAAACGUGCCUAAUGGCUAUCGGAAAAUAUAUGUGAGAAGGAAGUCUGCAAAUCUUGAACUAAAAUUGCACGCCUUAACGAAUUUUAAUUUAGCUAAAACACUUUUUAACUGUCAUAAUGGAUAUAAUAUGCGUGAUUACGCCUUAAUAGGAAGUGCAAUGAUCACCAGACAACCUUGUCUUAUCCAAACCUCUGCAGAGAGACUAAUAAGCGAUUUAGAAGAAACUAAAAAAAUUCUCCACAGUAUAAAAAAUUGUGAUAAAAUGGGAAAUUAUUCAUGUCAGAGUUACCAAAAUGUGGAAUCAGAAUGGCAAGUUAGUUAUAACAACCAAAUAAGUACUAUUAAAAAAGAGCAUUUCAAAACUGGAUCUAAUUGGCACUACUCAAAGAGGCUAAAAUCCCCACAUUUUGUAAAGCUCCUAAGAAAAAAUAUAAUGACGAUAGUAACGAUUUGGCUUCCGAUAUUUUCCAAGAAUGCUGAUCAACCAGCCGCCCUACUAAUCAAUCAAUCAGGCAGUCAGUGGGUGCCGACUAUGUCUUUUAAGAGUCAUAAUUCAGUAAAAUUUAUUAACUGUGAGUACAUAAAUUGCUGUUACUUGCAGGGACUUGGCAAGUGCAUAACAUUGUUUACAUGCUUGAUUCGUUUUGGAUUUAAAUCAGGGAAUCAUUGUGGGGAUCUUUCACUUCCCUCUUACUUAGAACAUACUUGCCUUAUAUUUAUAUUUAAAACCCUCAAAGGCUUCCGAGAUAGCAUCUGCCAACAGAAUGUACUUUCCAAGUAUUGCUUACACAGACUCUUUCUAAUAAUGAAUUGUUCAUUCAUUAAGUUUCCAAUGACUCUUCAUUCUUGGUUGCGUGGAAGUGUGUUUGGUUACUGA